AACUCAGCUGAUCGGAAGUAGCAAAUGUGGACUUGAAUCACAGGAGCUUUCGAGAAGGAGAAUAGACAUGGCAGAGACCAUACCCGAUACAAGGAGGUUGAACUCCAAGCCACAGACUCUAAAUGACGCAUAUGGACCCCCGAGUAAUUUUUUAGAGAUUGACGUUCGUAACCCGGAGACGGUCGGCGUUGGCAGGGGCAGAUUCACUACCUAUGAGAUUAGACUGAAGACCAACCUGCCCAUCUUCAAGCUGAAGGAGUCGCGCGUGCGGAGGAGAUACAGCGACUUUGAGUGGCUCCGGGACGAGCUGGAGAGAGAGAGCAAGGUCGUCGUGCCGCCGCUCCCCGGAAAAGCGAUCUUCCGGCAGCUUCCCUUCCGGGGAGACGACGGGAUAUUCGACGACUCCUUCAUCGAGGAACGGAGGCAGGCCCUGGAGCAGUUCCUCAACAAGGUGGCGGGACACCCCCUGGCCCAGAACGAACGGUGUCUCCACAUCUUUUUGCAGGACGAGUCUCUAGACAAAAACUACACGCCUUCCAAAGUCAGGCCAGCCUAGGCGCUUCAGGGGUCGCUGCGGGAACCGACGCAGCCCUGAACGUCCUCGAGCCGAAGUCCGGAGUGACUCAUUUUUAAGCUUCAGACAAAUACUUUAUUAAUCAGUGUUAUUUUCAAAAAAUUUCAUUGUUUUUUUUUUUCCUCUCCUGUUUCGUGAUGCUUUCUGAAUCAGCUCUUAAUUGAAUUGAACCCUGAUGCAACUGUGCAUAGCUGCUGUUAACAAUGAAUGAUUUUUUUCCCCCCCUUUCUUUUGUGAAAGCACUAACUCAGUACUUUGCUAAUUGCAUUCCUCGAUCAUUUACAGUGUGAAUAUAAACAUGAUGAAAAUCCUCAAGAUAUGAAUCUCAAUAACACAAGACCCCCUCUGCAUGUAUUUAACACCAAACCCGAGCAGUCUUCACACAGCCCUGCUAAUUCGCCUUGUGUUUUUCCCACUGCCUUUUUUCCAUUUGGCACUGAGAUGUCUAGACGAUUCCUUCCAUGAACUGAAACGUUAAUGUGUGCGAAUGUCUCUACCAGCACCACCUGUAAAUGAUUUUAUAAUGGAUCAAAACAGGGAAUAAUGUCAUUUAUAACUGCGUGCAUUUGAAAUUUGUACAAUUGUUAUAUCACAUUGUUUACUUGACAUGUUCUCUUUUUUUGCAAUAAAAGCAGGUCAAACCCUCAAA